AUGACCACUAGCAUAAACCCCUCCGUCAUGGCCGCCUCCACCCGUGACAUCCGCAAAGCUGAAGUGGCUGCCUACGCCUCUCGCAUCGCAGUUUCGAUUACCGAAACUGCUGCUGUUAUCAACUCCUCUACAUUCCACGUGAAAUGCGUCAACGUGACCCUCGCGGCCCUCGGGUAUGACAUUAUUCUCCACGCGCCACGCCCCGGUGUUAAUAUGACGGCGGAAAUGCGGGACUUGGUCUUUGAGGAGACCCAGAUCAGCUUGUACAAAGACUACAAGAUGAAGGAAAUCCAGCUCUAUCAUGAAUUGCGUUGCGAGAUCCUUAAGGAGGAGAUGGAGCAGGUGGAAAGGGAGAAGGCGCAGGAUGAGGCGGCAGGAAUCGUCGAGGAGGAGAUCGAGUUUGAUGGGUAG